CUGCGCUCGUGCGGUUCAUUCAUAGAAUGGGUUAUGGGUUCAUGUUUUGUGUUUUGUGAUUAUUGUACUUUUGACAACCAACCUACGGUGUUGUUGACACUCCCGAAAACAAACCCUAGUUUUACUCGAGAGGGUGUCGACCGGUUUUAUAAAACAUGUAUUAAAAUUUAUAAUCUAGUCAAUAAUUCAAUUACCAUUUUUAAACACAUUUAUAGUUACCGCAAAAAUUGUGAGUUUUUAGAAUUAAGUGUAGUUUUAUUUUCAAAAAAUGUCCGAACAUAACCAAAAAAAUCAAAUGCAAGGGCCAAUCGUUGUUAAAAGUGUUGUACCAAAAAAUCGCCAAGAUUUGAUCAAAUGGAAUGGAUGGGGUUAUAACGAUUCAAAAUUUGUGAUUAAAGAAGGUCCCGAAAUAUAUUUUUCUGGGAAAAGAUAUCCAAUAGGGGAGCAACGGCUCCCCCAUAUAUACGAUUGGGCGAAAGACGUUUUGAAUGUCGACUUGGCCACAGCGAAACCCAAAAAAAUCCAAGGAUUACCCAGUGAAGAUUUGUACCCUAAGCCGAACAUUACAGCAGAAAAUUUAGAUAAAAUAUCCAGUUUGGGAAUCUCAUAUUCUACCAAGGUCAUCGACAGGCUUAUACGAGCACACGGUCAAACUCUACACGAAAUAUACACCCUUCAAAAUUCCACAUUCACCAGGAUACCUGACAUCGUCCUUUGGCCCACGAGCCAUAACGACGUCGUCAAAAUAGUCUCGUUGUCAAACGAAAGUGACAUAGUCGUCAUACCAUUCGGCGGAGGUACUGCUGUUUCCGGAGCCCCAGAAUGCCCACACAAUGAAUCGAGAACAAUCAUCUCUCUGGAUACGUCACAGAUGAACAAAAUUCUGUGGUUGGACAAAGAAAAUUUGAUCGGUUGCUUUGAAAGCGGCAUCGUCGGCCAAGAUUUAGAAAGGGAGUUGAAGCAAUUGGGCUACACGACCGGCCAUGAGCCAGACAGUUACGAAUUUUCAAGUUUGGGCGGUUGGGUGGCCACCAGAGCUUCAGGUAUGAAGAAAAACGUGUACGGCAACAUCGAAGAUCUGCUUGUACACGUAAAAAUGGUGACGGCCAGAGGUACUUUAGAAAAAAAUUGCCAGGUGCCGCGUCUCAGUUGCGGUCCAGAUUUUAAUCACGUAGUUUUGGGAUCGGAAGGAUCUUUGGGAGUGAUUACGGAGGUGAUAUUGAAAAUUAGACCUUUACCGCAGUGCAAAAAGUACGGAUCCAUAGUGUUUCCGUCGUUCGAGAAUGGUGUGGAGUUUAUGCGAGAAGUGGCGAAAAGAAGAUGGCAGCCGGCCUCGAUCCGUCUCAUGGACAACGACCAGUUCAAAUUCGCCCUAAUCUUGAAACCAGAAUCAACUUACGUCGCCCUGGUGUUGGACUCGAUCAAAAAGUUUUACAUCACUACCAUCAAAGGCUUCGACCCCGAUCACAUGUGCGUUAUGACUUUGCUGUUCGAAGCCGACGAAGCUGAUGUGAAGAUUAACGAGAAGAAUCUGUACAACUUGUCCAAACGUUUCGGAGGAUACCCGGCGGGCGAGAUGAAUGGAGAGAGAGGAUACAUGUUGACAUUCGUCAUCGCUUACAUCAGAGACCUCGGUCUACAGUAUGAAGUUGUAGCCGAAUCUUUUGAGACGUCAGUGCCAUGGGACAGAGCUGUCACGUUAGCCAGAAACGUCAAAUUCGUCAUAACUGAUGAAUGUAAGACACUCGGCAUCACGCACUUCCUGAUAAAUUGUCGCGUGACCCAAACCUACGAUUCUGGUUGCGUUAUCUACUUCUAUUUGGGUUUCAAUCACAGUGGAUUGGGGGACCCAGUGGUGUUGCACAACAGGCUAGAAACUCGAGCCAGGAACGAAAUUGUGUCAUGCGGUGGAAGCAUUUCUCAUCAUCACGGCGUAGGCAAGUUACGUCAAAAAUGGUACCCAUCGACGGUAUCUGACGUCGGAGUGGGACUUUAUUUAGCAGCUAAAAAGCAAUUAGAUCCGAACAAUAUUUUUGCUACCAACAAUUUAGUACCACCAUCGAAAUUGUAAUUAAGUACUAAGGAAAUAAUAUAUGCCAAUAAAACGUACCAAAAACUUA